AAACCUGACCGGCGAGCAGUGAGCGGCCAUCAGCCAGCAGCAGACACCAGACACCAGCAGACCCCCAGCUUCCCCGCCAGCAGACAUGUUAUCUUACAUCGGCCGGUCGAGCCAGCUGGCCCCUGCCCUGAAGGGCUCGAGCCAGGUGGUGGCCGGAGGGCUGAGGAGUCUGGCUCCAGCUGUGUGUGAAGCACCAGCUGAGGUCCUCCAUCAGCCGCCGCCCUCAGUGCUCACCCCCGCGGCCAUGGCCCUCCGCUGCCCCUCCACCGGUCUCCUCAGGGCCAAGGCCGGUAUAGCAGUAAGCUCGCAAGUACGAUGUGCCCACACCGAUAUCCAAGUACCAGACUUUAGUGCAUAUCGACGGGAUGCUGUAAAGGACCCUCACGCCAAGGCUAAAGAGUCUUCAUCGGCCCGAAAAAAUUUCACAUACAUGAUUGUUGGAGGUAGCACUGUCGCUGGGAUGUACUGUGCGAAAACGGUGGUUACACAGUUUGUUUCGUCCAUGUCUGCGUCUGCUGAUGUGUUAGCCUUGGCAAAGAUUGAAGUCAAGUUAGACGAUAUUCCUGAAGGAAAGUCGGUCACCUUUAAAUGGAGAGGCAAACCUCUUUUUGUCAGACACAGGACUGAUGAAGAGGUUGAAACAGAGGCCAAUGUGGAUUUAAGCACAUUGCGUGACCCAGAGCACGACAAUGUUCGCUGUACACAACCCAAGUGGCUGGUGGUUCUUGGCGUGUGCACUCAUCUUGGUUGUGUGCCUAUUGCAGAUGCAGGUGACUUUGGUGGAUAUUACUGCCCGUGCCACGGUUCCCACUACGAUGCAUCGGGGCGCAUCCGUAAAGGCCCUGCACCACUUAACUUGGAGGUUCCUACUCAUGUUUUCACCGAUGAAGGGUUGCUUGUUGUAGGUUAAAUUUAGCAACUUGUUUUCAUAAAUGAAUAUUUAUUGAUUUAAACCUUAAAACUUGAAACCAAUUAGCACAUUGUAUAAAUAUACUGUAGCACGAGCAUUUUGUUCCCACUACAGAAUGUGACCUUGUAAAUGAGUCUUGUUAGGUAUUUAUCACUAUUUUGGCUAAACGAUCACAAGCUGUGCAGUCUUUAUUGAACGUUCAUUAUAACAUUAUUAAUGAGUGACAAGUUUAAGGUUAAAUUAUCACAGGUAUGGAAAUAACUUGAAAACUGAACCAGACCUCCUUGUAACCCUGUGCUGUAGAUAUUGUAAAAAUGAGUUGACAGAUCUCUUUCCUCUUUGGUAUCCGUUUGCUAACAUUACUAAAGGCAAACUAUAAUAUAAAAAUAAAUUUAUU